GAGAGAGAGAGAGAGAGAGAGAGAGAGAGAGAGAGAGACGUUGUUUCCGCUUUUUAUUCUCAUCGCCAGCUGCUAUAAAAGUACACGGAGGACAACAGGAUGGAGCGGAUGGAGUCCAUGGAGCCGAUCUCGGCACAUUACACUACUGAUUACCCGGAGAUCCAUCCAGAUAGUGGGUACGAAUCCAGAGAGACCAGCGACAGCCAGGCAAAGACUCCAACAGCUCCGACAUAUGAUGAGGAAUUUGUGCACAAGACAAUCCUGGUCGGGGACAGCGGCGUGGGAAAGACAUCUCUGUUGGUGCAGUUCGAUCAAGGAAAGUUCAUCCCUGGCUCCUUCUCUGCUACAGUGGGCAUUGGAUUCACGAAUAAAGUGGUGACUGUUGACGACGUAAAGGUCAAACUACAGAUUUGGGACACAGCGGGACAGGAAAGGUUCAGAAGUGUGACACAUGCAUAUUACAGAGAUGCACACGCUUUGCUCCUCCUGUACGACAUUACCAGCAAAACCUCCUUUGACAACAUAAGGGCUUGGUUAACAGAAGUCCAUGAGUAUGCACAGAGCGAAGUAGUCAUCAUGUUGCUGGGCAACAAGGCUGACAUGAGCAGUGACAGAGCCAUCAGGAGAGACGAAGGAGAGAGGCUGGCCAGAGAGUAUUCAGUUCCUUUCAUGGAGACAAGUGCCAAGACAGGAGUCAACGUAGAGCUGGCCUUCACUGCUGUUUCCAAAGAACUGAAGCACCGAGCCAUCCAACAUCCCAACGAACCCAAGUUCCAGAUUCACGACUACAUUGAAGCACAGAAGGAGAAAACAGGCUGCUGCAGCUACUUCUAAGUCUGCUGUCCUCUGGAACUGAGUGGGAGGGAACCCCAUUAACUCACUGACGCUCCCAAAAUAUGCUGCAGCCAUUCAUUCAAAGGGAUAAACCAAGCUAUAGACUCACAAAACCAACGGUUUUCUUUAACGAGAACAUUUACCUAGCAACUGAAUAUUUGUAAUAGAUUUUUUAAGCAAAUAGUAUAAAAUUUAUUUUUAAAAAUUGUUUGAGAACAAAGCUUUUUGUUAUUUGCUUUCUUUGUGAGACUUAGAUGAAAAGAUACAAACCACUCUUGUGUAUGUGUGCUAGGUACGGAGGUGGAGUUAGCCUAGCUUAGCAUAAAUACUACCGGCGGGAGGCAACAGCUAGCCUGGUUCUGUCCAAAGUUCAAAUAUACACCUUACUUAAUGCAGAUUAAUAAAUGCAGAUUUAA